AUGGCAAAGAUCCCGCAGGGAGACACCCGUCGUGUUAUAAAUGGGGAUAUUCCAUACAAAAUGGUCACAGUCGUUCAAUCAGACGGAAAGCUGUCCUCCCAGCCAAUCAAGUUGGCCGACCUCUUGCGCGAAAUCGACCAAUCUAGCCACUUUGUCGAGCUCGUCAGCAGCCGUGACAAGCCCAUUGUCAAAAUCCAGAGCAAAAAGGAAACUCUUGACAAGCAAAAAGCACUCAAGGAGAAGCGAGCAGCAACCAAGGUCGUCAUCAAAGAAGUGCACAUCUCCUGGGUCAUUUCUCCAGGAGAUUUGGACCAUAAGCUUGCCCAGGCUAGACAAUAUUUUGACAAGGGUUACCGUGUUUGGCUCGUGUUCUCCCCUAAGCGGGGUCAACUGCCUCCUCCGCAGGCUGAAUGCGAUGCGUUUGUGGCCAAGGUUCAUCAGAUGAUAGAGGAAAAUGCUGUAUUACAACGAAUCGAUCAUCAGGGAAAAGGCGUUACCGCGCAUACGACCGCACAAUACACGGCAAAGGCACGACCUAGCCAGCCAGCGUCGUCCAAUGCUCCAAGAUCUCACUCAGAGGACGCAUCAUCCUCCUGA